AAGCGUUUAAACAAGAAGUAUUGAAUCAGCACGGACACGAGCUGUAGGAGGAAGACCUCAGGAUCACCGGGAAGACGAUGUCUGAGAUCAGCGAGGACAGAGCUGCAGGCUGGACUUCUCCAGAUCGGGAGGGUGAGGAGCCCUGCUGGCUGGAGCCCAUGGCGCCAUGGUGUGCCCAGGAGGACCAAACACCGCAGCUGCCCUUUUGGACGAUUGAAGAUGAGACUCCUGACCACGUGGACACCAUCCUGGAGUUCCACGUCUUUCCAUGUGGCGAUUUCCAGCGUGGUUUUUGUGCAAAGCACGGGGCCCGUGGCAAGGCCCACCAGUGUCGAAACUAUCAUUUUGAAUCACAGCGUCGGCGCAGAGCAAUUGACCCCAUCACAGGACAAUUGACCUAUUGGGACACUCCGUGCCCAUCGUGGAGUCUAGAGAUGGGGUGUUCCUUGGCUGGUGAUUCUUGCCCCUUAGCACAUGGUCGUGAAGAGGUGUCCUUUCACCCGGCCAAAUACAAGACUAGAGCCUGCAAUGGUACAGAUUGUCGUGGUGAAGGAGCGUGUUGCUUUGCUCACAGCAAUGAUGAGUUAAGGCAGCAUGCGCCAGGGCGAUACUCAUACUUCACAAUCUCGUCCAAGGGCCAAAGUGGACCAGAGACCUGCGCCAGGAGCACCGAAGUGCUCGGACGCCGCCAGGGUUUGCCCCAGAAGGCCCGCUUUUGCGCCUUCUAUCCGAACGUGAGCCAAUGCCGACGCGGUGCGGCGUGCUCCUUUGCACACACCAGAGAGGAGGUGCAGACUAAGCUGCUUUCUCUGGAAGAAGAGCAACAUCAAGAAGGUGCAAUGACACAAUCCUUCUUUACAAGGAAAUUCAAAACUUUGUGGUGCCCGAUCGGUGCGCAGCAUGACUGGCAAACCUGUGUCUAUGCUCACACCUACCAGGAUGCCAGGCGGCAGCCCUCCAUCGGAUAUGGCCCCCAGCCAUGCCCCUUUUGGCAGAAGAAGGACUGGGUGCAGCCUACUCACAGCGGUGUCCCUUGGGACUCCGUUGUCCCUAUUCCCAUGGUGCAAAGGAGCAACUCUACCACCCGAAGUACUUCCGGACAGUGACUUGCCGAGACAUGCAGAUGAAGGGGUGUCCCAGACAGCGCUUGUGUGCCUUCUACCAUCGACGAUCAGAACACCGCAAACAGACUUCGCCCGACAACCACGACUAUGACCAUCCUUUGCCUGCUGAGGUCAUCGAUUCAGAUUGGGCAGAGUCCUUCCUCAACCCUCCGAUUUUCGACAAUGAUGACGAGGUCGCACAUACAAGCUUGUCAACUUACGAUAAUGCGCAGGCAGAUUCUCUUUCCGAGGUCCCUAGUCAGGUCAAAGUUGACAAGGUGAAGGCGGCCCAGGGUGACCUUCCACAGAAAGUGUCAGUCAGCGCUGCCUUUGCCUUGUCGACCAACCUUCUUCACCCAAAUCCAAAACAAGCGCAUACUGACAACUGGACCUUGGAUUUCUACACGGCCAGCACCUAAGCCCGUACUGACCAGGUACCCAUGAGUCAGAAUGGUGGAGCAUGGCCAAUGACGUCACUGAGCUCCUGUGAGUGUUUAGCCAUUUGAAGGAGCCUGGAUGCAGAAUCUCUCAUAAUCCUAGGAUUGUCAUUGGGUCACCCUAGUUGCAAGAGGAGUGACCCCAUUGUUCAUCUGGUAGCCAGGGUCUAAGGAGGCUGCAAGGUUGGGCAGUUGAGACAGGGUCUUCCUGCAGGCAGGAUGGUUUG